CGAUUGCUUGGAUGAAUGAGCCAGCGGUCACCACCGAGUGGUACCCGUGGGAAUACAACGCGUCGCCGCCAGACCUGCCUGAGUUGUGCGAGAAGGCGGCCCUCCGUGCUGUGGCUCACAUCUACCUCCCCGUCAUGGCCGUCCUCUUUUGUGUGCUGGGCGUCCUGGGCAACGGGAUGCUGUUGCUGGUGCGCAUCCGCUAUCACACGGCCCAGUCCCUCGGGGACGUCCUGCUCUUGUACCUGGCCGUCUCCGACUUGCUGCUGCUCCUGACGCUGCCCGUGGGCGUGGCUGGGAUGGUGGGCAGCUGGAGCCUGGGCACCGGCACGUGCCAGGCCUUGCUGGGCCUCCACGCCCUCAACUUCUACAGCGGCUUCCUGUCCCUCAUGGGCCUCACUGUGGACCGCUACGUGGCCAUCGUGGGCGCACCCGUCGCCCAUCGCCUGCACUCCUCCGCCACCUGCUGGGGUCGGCUUUGCUCAGGGCUGGUGUGGCUGCUCUCCGCGGCUCUGGCGCUGCCCCACUUCUUGUACGCCCGUGUUGAGGACUACGGGGGCGUGAGCCUCUGCAGGGUGGCGGACGUCACAGCGGCCAUCAGCCUGGUGCAAGUGGCCUUGGGUUUUGUGCUGCCGUUCGCAGUCAUGGCGGCCUGCUACACAGCCAUCGCACGCGCUCUCCUGGCCUCUCCAUGCGCCCAGUCUCUCAAAGCCCUGCGCUUGAUUUUGGCCCUGGUCUUGGUCUUCCUGGCUUUGCAGUUGCCCUACGCGCUGCUCACCGCACUGGACACGGCCGAUUUGAUGGGACACCAGGCGUCGAGCUGCAAAGUUAUCCUCCGCCGGGACUUGGCCCUCCUCAUCACCAGUGCCUUGGCCUUUGCCCGCUGCUGUCUGAACCCUGUGCUCCACACCUUCCUGGGCAUGCGCUUCCGUAAGGACCUGCAACGGCUGAGCCGGGAUAUGGGCUGCCUGAGGCAAUGGGCGUGCUGCGGUGAAAAACCCGGCAACUUCAGGCAGCAAGCAUCGUUAGCCACCCAUCUGGAAGGAAUCUCAGGAGUGGCACCGUGAAAGAGCAGCACCUGAGUGCCACCCACCCGGGAAGAGUCUUGGCAUCUUGCAAAACCCACAUGCA